GAACCGGUUUUUGAUAACGUCACAUUGAUUAAUAACACUACGUAGCAAUUCAGACUAUGUCAAAGCGCGCGGCGGUUUCUUUCGCCGACGAUAUCGCUUCAGGCUCUGGAAGUAAUAAACGUAUUGCCUUGUCAAAUGACGACGGUGAUGAAUUCGAUUUGCCCGAAAGCGACGAACCACAAAAAGAGCGAGAGGAAGAUGAAGAAGAGGUAAAGAAAAGACACACACUGGAUAGCGAUGAAGAAGAGGAAGACGAUCACAAGAAAUUGGAUAUGAGAAAGGUCGAAGGACAAGAAGACUCUACUCUAGAUUUUGAUGGUUCUAUGAAGAUUACCGCGUUCAACAUGAAAGAAGAUAUGGAGGAUGGACAUUUUGAUGACGCGGGGAACUUCAUCUUUGAUAAGAAAGAGAAGGAAAUCAAAGAUGCUUGGCUCGAUGAUAUCGAUUGGACGACCAUAAAAGAGAAAGCCGGUGACCAGUGGGAACAGUCAAAUGACCGAGAUGACGACGACGUUGCCCCGCCAACACUGAAUGAUAUUCGUCGAAAGGAAAUUUUCGUGUCGUUGAUAUCGCGUAUGAAACCAAAUCAGACCGUUGCCAAAGCUCUCAGCGAUUUAAAAAAAGCCAAAGGAUUGUCUGCUGCAGAAGAACGGAAGCUUAGAUGGAAAGCCAAGAAAGAGGGAAAGACGUUGAGUGAAAGCGACUCACAGAAAGAGACACAAUUGAUUAGCGGUCUGGCGGACGAGCUAAUUUCGGCUGGUCACAUGGACGUUUACGAUUGGACCCGAGAAAAGCUAGAGUUUUUAGUGAAGAAGCUAGAUAGUUCAGCGGUCGAUUCAGUGGAUAUGUUCUCCGAUGAGCCUGCGACAGCAUCGUCUGCACCAAAUACCGGUGCAUCUAUCAUGGACGAUGAGGAGCAAAAGUGGGAGUACAAAGAAUCAGAAUCGAGUGAAAUACAGGGGCCCUUUUCAUCAUCAGAAAUGGCCCGGCGCCAGCAGAAUGGGAAGUUGUCAAGUAGCGGUUUAGCCAGGAAAUGUGGGACUGCAUCUUUUAACCCUGUGGCUCGCAUCGACUUCGAUUUAUACUGUUGAUUUUUGCCGUUGUUUAGAAUGUUGAUUUUGUAAUAUUCACGUUUUAUGCCUGUCAUGUGUUUAUGUUUGCAAGUUAUACCUCAAUGGGAUCUCACAAUGCGACUGAAUGCAUAUGAUGAAUCU